AUUUUUUUUUAUAUCCAACACUUCGCCAUAUUAAAAAAUAUUCUCUAGUUUAACAUUUCUUAUCGCGUAAAAAUUGCAAAAAAACAUAAUUAAUGUAGUGCAUUUGUGUCGAAAUAUGUGCAAUCAAUUUAAAAACAAUGGGAAAAGUGUUUACCAUAUGGUUCAGUCAUUUGGACAAUAUUAAACGACUAUAAUAUGUGUAAUUGUGGAACGUUGAAUAUAUAGAGGAGAAAAAAAGACACACACAAGAGAGACGAAAGGAAGAAAAAAAAAUAUCAAAAUUAAAGAUUCAUUCACCCAAAAUAAACAAAAAGCAAAGCAAAAGUACCAAAGACGAAGUAGUGACCAUGGCUAAUCCUAGGAAAUUCAGCGAGAAAAUCGCUUUACACAAUCAGAAACAGGCUGAGGAAACAGCCGCAUUUGAGAAAAUUAUGCGAGAAGUGUCGGACGCAACGUCGAAGGUAUCAAGUAAUGUGACUUUAACGCCCGGCUUAGGUUCUUUCCGUGGUGGAUCUCUGCCGAAUGUGUCUGAACCGAAACGUAAACCACAACAAUCGUCUACCGUUAAUACAGAAGAAAUAAAGCCGGACGAAACCACUCUCGCACAAUAUGGGCUGACAUCGAUGCAGUCGUCACAUAUGAGUGAAAAUAAUAAUGUCAAAUCAAACGAAACACAGACCAGAGGCCGUAGCAGCGUUGGACCAAUUAGACGACCAGGAGAUCGGAAAAUCGACACAUCACCAUAUAGCAGUGGAAAUGUAGCGUAUCUAAGUCCACCAAGUGAUUCAAGCUGGCGAAGGACUAGUUCGGAUUCGGCUAUACAUCAAAGUCUUACACAGACCCAGGACCAUCACAUUUAUGGUACGCAUUCACCAUUUACGCUAAGUCCGGCUGCUCAACGGCGAAUAACAAACGUUAGCAGUAACAUCGACAUCAAAUCGUACGCUAAUCAACACGCUAACAAUCAACACAAUGUGUCCGGUGCUAAUAACGAUGGACGACCGCGAUCGUCGUGUGGACUGUCUAGAUUGCCUGGGAUAAAUAUCUACCCGUCGUCACACGAUAAUUCAAUACAAAUACCAAUAGGAAAUAAUACUGGAUCGUUACCGGAUCUCACGUCAGUACAUUUUCCAUCGCCGUUGCACACCCCGAUUGAUCAGGAGCAUGAUCAUUCAAGCAGUCCAUAUAGUUCGAGUCCGAUAACCGCAUCACCGACUACGCUGUCACCAACGUCCAUACACACACGACACCCAAACACAGCAUUUCAAUAUUCUCCGUCAAAUUCGCCCGGUGACAGCAACAACACUUUCAGUCCUACGCAUCACACGCAACAUAGUCAGCAAUAUUUAUCUGUUCCUGAUAGCAAAUAUCAUCAUGUUAAUAAGGGGAUCGAGAACGCAUAUCAGCCAUCGCAAAGUGCUUCACAUCACCAGCAGCAGCAACAGCAACAACAGCAGACACAUCAGUCAUAUGGUAAUUUAGCUAAUCAACAAAUCCACUACCAUAACAGUCAGCACAGCCCACCAAAUAAUGCCCUUCAUGGAUCUCAUGGAAAUUUGACGAAUCUUGGCAACACACCGCAGACGAAUCUAGGUUAUCGAAGUCCGAAAUGUCGCCCUAGUCCCGGAUCCAGUCCCGGUUUGGUUGGCUCCUUACCGAAUAGUGGUGAUUCGAACACAAGUGCGCCUUGCAGUCCGGCAUCGCAAGGAAAUAAUGGACAAUACGAUAGCUACUACCUAAAUCCAUCGAUACAAGCAACGUUUGAGCAGUUCUCAUUGGGAGUGGAUUGGGCAGCGCUUGUACAGAGUUUGGUUGAGUCUGGUUGUACGUGGACAGCGCAAGUUCAGGUCGAUAGUCCGGUUCAAGAAUUCAUAGCAUCGCAGUCGCCUAAUGCACAAAGUUAUCAGUAUGACGACGUGAAUUAUUCACAUCUGAGUAGUUCUUUGGAUACAAUGCAACAACAGCAGCAACAGCAGCAGCAGCAACAACAACACCACCAACAACAAUCCAACACGAUGCAGCAACAAAAUUCAGCCAAUCUUGCCAUGUCAAAUCAAAAAAUGCCUAACACAAAUUCACAUGCGGCUGUGUCACAACAUCAACAACAACAACAAUCUCUACCGCAACAGCAACAAAUAAACAAUUCGCAAGCACCAAAUACACCGACUAGCAUACCAGAAAUUAUUUUUACCGACUUUUCGUCAGCAUCUGAAUUAUCAAAAGACUUAUUCGGUGAUCCAUUGCGACCAAUCGAUUUGGAACUGGGUACCAUGGACUUUGCCGGCUAUCAAAUGCUCACCGAUCCGAACGGAACGAUGAUAGCCGAUCCGACGAUCGAGGACAGUUUUCGACGAGAUUUAAAUUAAGUUUCGGUACAGUGAUCGGUGUGCUAAAAACUUUUUGUUUUGUAAAAAUCACAUCGUUAUCGAUAUCUCGGUGGAAAAAAAGGGUGUUUCUUGCGUGACAAGUCAAACUGUGGAUUUCAUUUUGCACAAACUUCCGUAGAGUAGUGUCAUCAUAGAAUGCAGCUGCUGCAGUGAAAUAAAUCGUUGAUCGUGUACAGUGCGUGUGGAACUCGAAAAUGGAAAAUGUGAAGAGAAAAUGUAUGUUAAGAAAUCUAUUGUUAUGUGUUUGUGGUAUGCUGCGCUGAUGAGUUUACAAGUCGACAUCGGUCAUUACUGGUAAGAAAUUGUUAGUUUAAUUUUAAGUUUUCAAUUAUUCUUUAUAAAAAAAAAGAAUUUCUUAAGUUUUCACCUGUGAUUACACCACGAGAUGUGUAAAAUGUUCAUCGUUGCAAUUUAAUUAAAAUUUAAAAUUAAAAAAAUGGAAAAAUAUUUUAAAUUGUUGUGCCCACCAGAUAAACUUUGUAGAAUAACAUACCGAACAGAUUGAGUCAUGCUGUGCUGUCAAUCUUAACUGUUGAAAUCAGUGAUCCCAUUCACAAUUCUAACUUAAAUUAAAGUUCCAUUGUUCGAACUCGACUUUUUACUGUCAUACCUUGAAAACAUAAGGCUGGGAAAUUACUUGACUCAGUGGUAACGUUUUACCGGCCUUUCAUCAAAAGAAUGCGUGUUCGAAUCUCCGUGCAGGAUAAAUUUGGUGUUAUCUGUAAAAGUUGUUAAGCCUUACUUCAUAAGGUAUGAAGUUUGUUAGGUCAUUCGAUUUCCUCAAAUUUGAAGGAAGCGGGAUAAGACUGAUGAAUAUACAUACACGUGUGUUGUCUACUCACUUUUGUUACAUAUUCACAAUUUUAGGGUUUUGUCACUAAUUCUCACCAUUAUCAUUGUGAGUAUUACGAUCGGCAAUCAUUUUUGUAUGUACAGUGGGACUAUUUAUGCUACACGAACUGUACAACGAUAUGUCGGCUCUUGAACUGUAUCUCUGUUGAUUCACAAAAUCACGGCUGAAAUGUUAAUGCCUUGUUCUUUUGUUACGGUGGUGCCCAUUUUUCGUUUUAUUCACUUCACUUUAUUCAUUAUUGUUUUGACAGGAUCGCCAUGUCUGAUAAAACCUUAGCCUUGAUUUUGGAUUUCCUUUUAUUAAUGUCACUCAAUAAAUCCAACUCGACAACUCCAACAUUCACACUUCAUUUAUGCUUAAGAAUCUAUUAUAAAGAGAACAUGAAAUUUAUUAACAUAGAGUAAUUCACUUAUGGUUGCCUACUUCAAAAAAAAAUGUCAUGAGUCACGUAUGCGUAUCAUGAAUCGUAAAUUUUACGUCGUGAACAAAUUCAUGCAUAUCAUGACUCAUGAAUGAAUGGUGUGAAGAAACAUUUCUAAAAUGUAGUCUUCAAUAAUUUCGAGGAGCUUGUGUGAGUUGGGAUGACUCAGUAAUGAGCAACUGGGUCAUAUAAAACGCGAACUUUGUUUGGGACUCUUCGAUGACGUUAAAAUUUAUUGACGACAUUGUUGUCGCCUGAACUUCCUCCAUGAUUUCUUCGUCUUUAUUUUUGUUCACUGUCUCUUCCUUUGGAGUUUCGAUGUCGUCUAGUAUACUCUGAGAAUUGUCGUCGUCACUUAUAGCAAUGGAAUUAACGUUUGUAUCGUCUAAUUCUUCGUGUGCAAACUGAAACUGGUCUUCGUAUGUUAUUGAUUUCGCUCAUGUCCGCUUAUGUCAGGUUUCAACAGUCGUAUAUCCCCUUCUCCUUUUCUAUAUCUAAAAUUUGCAUCUUUAACACUAACUGUUUAUGGAACUCUUUUCUAAGUUAUUUUUUCAUAUAAAAUUGAUCUCGGGAAAAAGGCAUGUCGUACUAAUCCAGUUUGGUCAGAGUUUAAUUUCUUCAUAUUGAAGGAAAUGCAAAUACCGCUUAUGUUUUACUUCACAUCGAGAAAAAGCCGCGUCUGCUUCAUUGAAUUCUUUUCUAAGUUAUUUUUUCAUACAAAAUUGAUUAACGCAAUGUGGAGUGUGUCAUCGAUGGUAACUUUGGCUUCCACGUAAGCUGUUCAAUUUUUGGUUUACUUGCGCUCACUAACAGACUCAAUUUUCCUUGGCACUGGUCUUGUUAUUUUGUUUACAGGUAGAUCCCUUGCUGUAAAGUGUAAAGUGUCAUAGGGCAUUCUGUUAGAGUGUGUUAAAAGACCGACGGUUGCUGAGUGAAUGAAUUAUAAAUUUUAUUGAACUCAAUAAACGACUCGAUAUAAAACUAAAUUAUUGUUUUGUCUACGUUACAUCCGAUACGCGAAAGAAUGCUAUGCAAUACAUUCUUCAACACUCUCCCUUAACGGAUACAAUAACAAUUUUGGGGAUAGGAAUUUUCACUUUAACAUUUUCAACAAACUCAAAAAAUUUAAACUUUCCCUUGAAAAAUCUUAUUCGCCAAAAAAAA